AUGCUCAGAACAACCACCCUUCUUUCCCUCUUGACAGCGUGCCAUGCAGCCGUGUACCCACAGUACUACCCGCCCGCAGACGGCGCCAUCGGCAACCUAGACGCUGUUUUUGACCUGAAAACGGCCACCAAUGGCGGCAUCUACACCUCCUCAGAAAGCUCACCCUACGGAACCUACAACUUCUGCAACAUGCCCCAUGUGCGGUCCAGCGAGUACCAAAAGCCAGAAGGCCAGCUUCUCUAUGUGGAAGUGAUCCACAGGCACCACAAGCGGACCCCGUACACCUCGAACGUGUUUCCCAAGGAGGAUAUACCGCUUUCCUGCGACAGUCUGACCAACUUCUACUAUGGCCAGGUAAAUCUGCAAAACCUGAGCGCCCAGGUCGGGUGGAACUCGUAUGUGGAUCCGGAAAACCCGUUUGCAGACCAGUACGGCUUCAACGGGCUGUGCCAGUUUCCGCAAAUCAGCCCAGGCGGUCUUGACGACUCGCACCAGCAUGGAGUGGAUCUCUUCCAGAACUACCACAGCUUAGGGCUUCUUCCGGAGGAGUACGACCCAGAAAAGGUGAAAUUUUUCGCCACAAACAACGUCAUCACCUCCCAGGUCGCCGGCGGUGUCGUCAGCGGAAUGUACCCUGCUUUGCAGAACCAGCCUGUGGAGGUGUCAGUCCAGCGAGAGGACUCCGACUACCUUGAGCCAAAGUACCUGUGCAACGGGGCGGACCAGACGAAAAACUACAUUUUGGCGUCAGGCGGGUGGACCGAGCACCUCCGCCGGUCACAGGAGCUUUUCGCCAAAUUGGACGCCGUCUCGGGAGUCAAUCCAGACAACAAAGGCUGGCACGCCUCGUGGGACCACUACUUUGAUAAUUUGGCCCACCGCCAGUGCCACCAGCUUCCGUUGCCCUGUAAUCUCGAAAAUCCAGCAAUUUGUGUCACCGAAGAACAGGCCCAGCAGGUGUACAGAUUGGGCGACUACGAGUACAACUACCAGUACCGAGCAGCACCGCAGUCGACCAUGUACUCGGCGGCACGGUACGGCGUUUUUUUGAAGAAGCUCCAGAAACACUUGAAGGAGGCUCUGGAAAGAACCAGCGCCGUGGUGUAUCGGCACAAUGUGGCCCACGACGGAUCCAUAGCUCCUUUGCUUGGAGCGCUUCAGAUCGAGGAGCUCAGGUGGCCUGGCAUGGGAGCCGAGGUUGUUUUUGAGCUUUGGGAGAGAAAUGGCCAAAAUUUUGUGAGGGUUCUUUACGGCGGCCAGCCGCUUCGGACCCUGACGCCGUUGGGUGUUUUGGACAUGGUGCUGUUGGGUGAUUUCCAGGGCUACUUGGAUGGCUUUUUGGGAGGCCGCAAUGUGGUGGACUUGUGUCGGACGUAG